ACCAUCUAUAUUAAGCAUCAAAGGUUCGCCAGAAAAAAUGAGUUCUGGUCCUUCUGAAGCCUUGUUUUUCUUCCUUGGAGCAGUAGUUUUGUUUGCAAUAUUGUUUAUUCUGGUAGUAAUCUUUUGGAAGUAUCUCAAGCCAAGUGAAAUAAUGAAGUUUAUAAAUCCAAUGAAUAGAAGGAAAGCCUCCAAGGACUUGUUUAGUGGAAGCAUCCCAACAGUAAGCCACUUUGACUUCCAAACAUUGAAGAAGGCAACCAAAAAUUUUCAUCCAUCUAAUCUUCUAGGAAGAGGUGGAUUCGGGCCAGUGUACCGGGGAAAGUUAGCAGAUGGGAGGCUGGUUGCUGUGAAAAAGUUGUCUCUUGAAAAAUCCCAACAAGGAGAAUCAGAAUUUCUUUCUGAGGUGAGGAUGAUCACCAGCAUCCAACAUAGAAACCUGGUUCGCCUGAUCGGAUGUUGCACGGAUGGCUUCCAUCGGCUUCUUGUCUAUGAAUAUAUGAAAAAUAGGAGCUUGGACUUCACGAUAUAUGGAAAAGUUGACCAGUUCCUGGAUUGGAACACUCGGUCUCAAAUAAUCAUCGGCAUUGCUCGAGGGCUGCAGUAUCUACAUGAAGAUUCACAUUUAAGGAUUGUCCACAGAGAUAUCAAAGCAAGCAACAUUCUUCUUGAUGAAAAAUUUCAACCAAAGAUUGGAGAUUUUGGGUUGGCUCGGUUCUUCCCUGAAGACCAAGCUUAUCUGAGCACUACAUUUGCUGGAACUCUUGGUUACACGGCACCCGAAUAUGCAAUUAGAGGAGAAUUAUCUGAAAAAGCUGAUAUAUAUAGUUUUGGAGUUCUGGUACUUGAAAUUAUUAGCUGCAGGAAAAACACGGAUCUUAGUUUACCAUCAGAAAUGCAGUAUCUUCCUGAAUAUGCAUGGAAGUUAUACGAGAGAUCAAGAGUGAUUGAUCUAGUAGAUCCAAGAAUGCGAAAGGAUGGAUUCGUGGAAAAGGAUGUUUUGCGAGCAAUCAAUGUGGCCUUCUUAUGCCUGCAGCCACAUGCAAACUUGAGGCCUCCAAUGUCAGAUAUUGUUGCAAUUUUAACGUACAAAACUGAAAUGGCUGGAACACCAAUGAAACCAACAUUUUUGGACAGAAGACGUAAAAAGGUUGAGAUGCUUUCAUGGGAUACAAUCGCGGAGCCUUUUCCUUCUCCUACGCAAAGUGAGUCUCCUUCUUUACCUCCUUAAACACUCCAUUGAUGAGCAAAGGAGAGUAGCAACACACAGCUAAAUGAGAUUUUAUAGAAUAGGAGUUGUAGGUAAGCAUAUUAUUUGGUGUCUGAGUUGGAAGAUAUGUACGAAACAUUAUAUUCAAUAUAUAUCUAGCUUGAUACAAUAUUAAAAUCA